CGUGCAAAGCAACACGCCGGUGGAAGGCCAUGGCGAUGGUGGGUGGACCGGCUGCCGGCGGCGAGGAGAAGCCGCACGCCGUGUGCGUGCCGUACCCGGCGCAGGGAGACGUCACGCCGACGCUGCACCUCGCCAAGCUGCUCCACGCGAGGGGCUUCCACGUCACCUUCGUCAACACCGAGUUCAACCACCGCCGCCUGCUCGCCGCGCGGGGCGCCCGCGCGCUCGACGGCGUCCCGGGCUUCGUCUUCGCCACGAUCCCCGACGGGCUGCCGGCGGCGGCGGCAGAGGAGGAGGAUGGCGCGGACGCCGCCCAGCCCCAGGACAUCCCCGCGCUCUGCCAGUCCACCGCGACGAACUGCCUCGGCCACCUCCUCGCGCUGCUGGCGCGGCUCGACGACCCGGCGUCGGGGUCGCCGCCGGUGACGUGCCUCGUCGCCGACGGCCUCAUGUCGUUCGCGUACGACGCCGCGAGGGAGAUCGGCGUGCCGUGCGCGGCGCUGUGGACGCCGAGCGCGUGCGGCUUCCUGGGGUGUCGCCUCUACCGCCGGCUCAUUGACCGUGGCCUCGUGCCGCUCCGGGACAAGGCGCAGCUCACUGACGGGUACCUCGACACCGUGGUCGACGGCGCGCUCGGCAUGUGCGACGGCAUCCAGCUCCGCGACUUCCCAAGCUUCAUCCGCACCACGGAUCGCGCAGACACCAUGCUCAACUUCAUCAUGCGCGAGGCCGAGCGGCUGUCCCUCCCCGACGCCGUCAUCCUCAACACCUUCGACGACCUCGAGCGGCCGGCGCUCGACGCCAUGCGCGCCAUCCUCCCGCCGGUCUACGCCGUCGGCCCACUCCACCUCCACGUCCGGCACGCCAUCCCCGCCGGUAGCCCGCUGCACGGCGUCGGCUCCAACCUCUGGAAGGAGCACGACGGCGUCCUCGAGUGGCUCGACGGCCACCCGCCCCGCUCCGUCGUGUACGUGAGCUACGGCAGCAUCGCGGUGAUGACGAGCCAGCAGCUGCUGGAGUUCGCGUGGGGGCUCGCCGACAGCGGCUACGCCUUCGUGUGGGUCGUCCGCCCCGACCUCGUCAGGGGCGGCGGCGUCGGCGGCACCGCCCCGCUGCCGCCGGAGUUCAACGCCGCCGUCGAGGGCCGUGGCAUCCUGCCAACGUGGUGCGCCCAGGAGAAGGUCCUCGACCACGCCGCCGUCGGCGUAUUCCUGACGCACUCCGGCUGGAACUCCACCCUGGAGAGCCUCUCCGCCGGCGUGCCGAUGCUGAGCUGGCCCUUCUUCGCGGAGCAGCAGACCAACUGCCGGUACAAGCGCACGGAGUGGGGCGUCGGGAUGGAGAUCGGCGGCGGGGCGCGGCGCGACGAGGUGGCCGGCAUGAUACGGGAGGCCAUGGCGGGGGAGAAGGGGCGGGAGAUGCGGCGGCGCGCGGCGGAGUGGAAGGAGAAGGCCUCGCGUGCGACGCUGCCAGGUGGGCCCGCCUGGGCCCACCUUGACAGGGUCAUCCAUGAGGUGUUGCUGUCGAGCAAGGACAAAGCAGUGAGGGUGGCAUCCUCCGAAUCCGUUGGAUCGCAAACCAAUUAAUGAGAAGAUUAAUAGUUUCACAAAUUAAUUAAAGUAUUAGUAGUCAUCUUGUAUGUUUUAUUUACUUCAAUUUUCAAUUGGUGAUGACCCCUUUUGUCUGUUUCAGAUCUAAGUCCAAGUGCAUGUAGUACUUGAUAUUAAAAAAAAAUCUUCUUGCCGAUCAAUUAAUUUGUAGUAUAUGAUUUGCAGCUACGUGAUGGGAACUGAUAUGUACGGCCAUCAUGUGAAUAAGAAAACG